UUCAAAACCUCCAAACUUUUCAGCUUCCCAAAAUGCUCAGGAAUUUUGCCCGUCAAGUUGUUCAUAGAUAGGUCGAUCUCGACCAAACCAAAUGAGCCGGUCACCGGAGGAAUCGAACCGGAAAAUCUAUUCGAGAACAAGCCAGCUGGAAUCGGGCCUUCCAUACCGUUCUCCGAUAAAUCCAACUUCGUCAGGCUCGAUAACUUUUCGAAGCUCACGGGUAUUCCACCGACCACGUUUGCUUUCUUCAUCCAGAAAACUUCCAAUUUAGUUAAUCUCCCAAACUCCGGCGGUAUGGCCGCCGGCGUGAAGCGGUUAAACGCCAGGCCUAGUGUCUCGAGAUUCUCCAGAUUCGAGAUCUCCACCGGUCCGAAGCUGCUUGAGGUUCCCGAUGGCCGGAGGAACAUCGCCGGUAAAGCUGUUAGCGCUGAGAUCGAGGUACCGGAGCGACUCCAGCCGGCCGAUUCCCGCCGGAAUAGCCCCCGCGAAGUAGUUCUGCGAGAGGUCGAGAUACUCGAGCUUCGAGAGGUUCAAAACCGCCGUGGGGAAUUUUCCGGCAAAGUAAUUGAAGCCAAGAUCAAGAACUGUGAGGCUCUCGAGGCUGGACAUGGAGUCCGGGACGCCGCCGCUGAGAUUGAAGUUGUUGAGGAUGAGGGCGGCGACGGCGCCGCCGGCGGCGGAGCACUGGAUUCCAGGCCAGUCGCAGUGGGGCGACGUGUCGUUCCAGGAUUGGAGCAGGCCAUGGGGGUCGCCCCAUUGGGCUUUGAGGCUCAACAGGGCGGAUCUCUCGGAGCGGUUGGAUUG